AUGGACUUCACCACCAUCACUUCCCUGGCUUUCACCUCUGUCUGCACUGCCCUGGACCCUUCAGUUCUGUCUUCUCCCGGAGUUGCUGUAGUGAUGUCAGUCAGAAUGGCCCCUCCUCUUCCUCUGAUCUUUCUGAUCAUGAUUCACGGGGUUUCUGGUGCUGAUUGGGGUGUGAGUUACAGUCAUUCACACAUCUGUGCACUAAAGAACUCAUCAGUGAUAAUGAGCUGCACUUAUACAUACCCUACUGGACAUCAGAUCCUGAAAGUGUUCUGGACCAAUACAAAAGACAAAGAAGAUAAAUAUGAAGAGUUUCCAGAUCUGUCUGAGGAUCCUGAAUACAGUCAGAGGCUUCGGUAUCUGGGAGACAAACAGCAGAACUGCACCAUCAGACUGAGUCAUGUGACACAGAAAGAUUCACACAAGUACUAUUUCAGAUUCAGAACCAAUAUAAAUCAAUGGAUUGGUAAACCAGGAUUGACUCUUACUGUCACAGAUCUUCAGGUGGAGGCUCCUGAGAGAGUGACAGAGGGUCAUAAUGUCAGUCUGACAUGUAACAGCAGCUGCACUCUGACUGACAGAGCAACAUUCAUCUGGUACAGAAACUCACAGCCAUUAACUGAGAGAAGAGACGGAAACAAUCAACUCCUGCUGCAGUCAGUCAGAAGAGAGGAUGCAGGCAGAUACAGCUGUGCUCUACAUGGACACAGUUACAUCUCUCCUGCUGCUCGUCUCAGUGUCACUUACUCUCCCAGAAAUGUCUCCGUGUCCAUCAUACAGUCUGGUCAGAUCUGGGAAGGUUAUUCGGUGACUCUGAGCUGCAGCAGUGAUUCAAACCCUCCUGUUCUGAACUUCAGCUGGUUUAAGGAGAAUCAAAGCUCAGCUGUUGGAUCUGGACAGAGUUUCAGUGCACUACAGAGUGGACGCUUCUACUGUGAGGCUCACAAUCAACAUGGAUCUCAGAGAUCAGACCCUGUUACUGUCAUUGUUAAAGGACGUCUGGUGAUAUUGUACAUAUCCAUUGGAGUGGUUUGUGGAGCAGCAGUUGUCGUAAUAAUGGUAAGCAGAUGGAUUAAAAACAGAAAUGGUGCACAGAAGUCUCAGAUUAAUCAGUCCAGACCUCAUGAUGGCCUACACAAAGCUUGCAAUGUUGAGAUGACUGAUCCUGUGUAUGAUAAUGUGGCCGCUGCUCAACAUGACUCUAAUAUCUGUAAACCUGAACCAAACUCUUCUGUGUAUGAAAAUAUUCCAACUAAAAAGAAGAAGAGCAUGUAGUGUUUUGGACACACAGC